AUGGAAAGGUACGUUCCGACAUCCUCCAAGGAUCAGUUUUGGCUCGGCAGCCAUAUUCGUUUGAUCUUCUACGAAAGCCGGAGAUUGGACGCCGCUACCAUUUGUCCAUGCCGCCAACGCCUCUGGGACUGGAGCCUCAAGUACGCGGACGGCACCAGCCCCAGCGGGUUUCGACCGGAGGACGUCGACCCUGAGAAAAUGAAAUGGCUGGACGACGUCCUCAAACACUACAUGGUGGACUUCUCGGCACGGAUGAAGGAGAUUAAGACAGCGCUAGAGAAGGACACCUCCGCGAGCGGAGCCGGAGUGGAGUCUGACCAGGGUCCUGCCGCGGGCGGUGAUGUUGGGGACAGUGGUGGUGCCGGUUUGGAGGAGCGGGAGGCGCUUCUGGAGGAGCUGAUGGAUAUCGUGUCAUCCAUUGACUACGCGCGAGACCUGCACAAGAUCGGCGGGCUGCCGGUGCUCCUUGAGCUGCUGGCCAGUCCCCAGCCCUCCCUGCAGUGGAGGGCAGCCGAGGUGGUCGCCACGUGUGUGGCCAACAACCCGCCCGUACAGCAGUGGUUCCUGGACGGAGGUGUGCUGCCGCGUCUGCUUGACCUCGCCGCUCCCUCCCAGCCCCAUGGCACGGUACGGACCAAGGCGCUGCUGGCACUGUCGGGAUUGGUACGACACUUCGGACCCGGCUUGGAGGCGCUUCGCGAGGCUGGCGGCCUGGUACUGCUGGUGGGCAGUCUGGGUGCCGCUGACCGGCGGAUAGCCCGCAAGGCCAUGACGCUGCUAACCUACAUGCUCACGCAGCGGCGUGCAGACUGCGCCGCAGCCGUUGCCGGCGGCGCCCUGCCGCCGCUCGUCGCCGAACUUGAGCUGCACGCCGCGCCAGACGGCGACAACGACGGCAGCGCCGCGGAAGCAAGUGAUAUGCGGCAAGCGGCGUUGAGCGCGCUCAUACAGCUGGCGUCGUACCCGUCCACGUGGGCGGCGGUGCGUGACGCGCCAGGACUACAGGCGCGCCUGGCAGUGCUGGCGGCGGCGCACGCGGCGUUGCCGGCGGACGUGGCGGAGGCGCAGGCUGAGGAGGGGUUGCUUGUCCAGCAGCUGACGGCCCUGCUUGCGGCGGCGGCGCCACCAGCGGGGCGGCCGGACGAGCUUGAUCAUGUAUCUGUCGAAGCAUUUGAAGAGGCGGGGCGGGGAACGACAUUUGCCGUGAAUGAGCCGCAGCCGGUAGCGGUAACGGUAGCGGUUAGGGAUGCUGGAGCGGGGCAUGAGGACCAGGGGGGGGGGACGGCGACGAUGACGAUGACGGUCGCAGGGCGGGGUGGCGCCGAGGGGAGUACUGCAGGUAGCGGUGACCCGGCGGCUGGGCGGCCGCCGCUGUUGCUGGGUGCUCCAUAG